CAUUGACUUGUGGCUGAUCCAAAACAGCUGUCCUUAAGUUGGUGCCUGUCCAUGGACUGCUGGCUACUGGUCUGUUUUCCUUAACCAGAAAGACUUGCUAAGAGUCCUGGUUCCUAACAAUUUAAAAAUAAUUACUUGGUUCCAGUUUUAAAUAGAGUGAUCAGGAUAGGCCUUGUUGAGAAGAUAUUUGAACAAAGAUUUGAAGAAAGCUAAGAGAGGGAGCCUUGUGAAUGACUGGCUGAAGAGUCCUCCAAGCAGAGGGAGUGGCCAAUGCAGAGGCCCAAAGGUUGGGCCAUGCCUGAUUGGGGACCACAAAUUCAGUGCUCACCGGAUCGUCUUAGCAGCCUCGAUCCCAUACUUCCACGCCAUGUUUACCAAUGACAUGAUGGAGUGCAAGCAGGAUGAGAUUGUAAUGCAAGGAAUGGACCCAAGUGCCCUAGAGGCUCUGAUCAACUUUGCCUACAACGGCCACCUUGCCAUCGACCAGCAAAAUGUCCAGUCAUUGCUCAUGGGGGCGAGCUUCCUGCAGCUGCAAAGCAUUAAAGACGCCUGCUGCACAUUCCUCCGAGAACGGCUUCAUCCCAAAAAUUGCCUCGGUGUGCGCCAGUUUGCUGAGACAAUGAUGUGUGCCGUGUUGUACGAUGCAGCCAACAGCUUCAUCCACCAGCACUUUGUGGAGGUAUCAAUGUCAGAAGAAUUCCUGGCCCUGUCCUUGGAAGACGUGCUUGAGCUAGUGUCUCGGGAUGAGCUGAAUGUAAAAUCAGAAGAGCAGGUCUUUGAAGCUGCAUUGGCCUGGGUCCAAUAUGACCGGGAGCAGAGGGCAUCCUGCCUGCCUGAGCUACUGGCCAAUAUCCGCCUGCCCCUCUGCCGGCCCCAGUUCCUGUCAGACCGAGUGCAGCAGGAUGACCUGGUGCGUUGCUGCCACAAAUGCAGGGACCUGGUGGACGAAGCAAAGGACUAUCACCUCAUGCCGGAACGCCGGCCGCACCUGCCAGCUUUCAGAACUCGGCCCCGCUGCUGUACAUCCAUUGCGGGGCUUAUCUACGCUGUGGGGGGCCUCAACUCAGCAGCAAAUUUUUAUGCAGGUGAUUCUCUGAAUGUGGUGGAAGUGUUUGACCCUAUUGCCAAUCACUGGGAAAAGUGCCAUCCCAUGACAACAGCUCGCAGCCGUGUUGGUGUGGCUGUGGUGAAUGGACUUCUUUAUGCCAUCGGGGGAUAUGACGGCCAGCUGCGGCUGAGCACUGUGGAGGUUUACAACCCAGAGACGGACACGUGGACCAGAGUGGGGAGCAUGAAUAGCAAAAGAAGUGCCAUGGGGACAGUUGUACUGGAUGGACAGAUCUACGUCUGUGGGGGCUACGAUGGCAACUCCUCCCUCAACUCUGUGGAGACCUACUCACCAGAAAUGGAUAAGUGGACAGUGGUGACCCCAAUGAGCUCGAAUCGCAGCGCUGCUGGGGUUACUGUCUUUGAGGGCAGGAUAUAUGUCUCAGGAGGCCAUGAUGGUUUGCAGAUCUUCAGCAGUGUGGAGCACUACAACCACCACACAGCCACCUGGCACCCCACAGCUGGCAUGCUCAACAAGCGCUGCCGGCAUGGAGCCGCCUCACUGGGUAGCAAGAUGUUUGUCUGUGGGGGCUAUGAUGGCUCUGGCUUCCUCAGCAUCGCUGAGAUGUACAGCUCUGUGACGGACCAGUGGUGCCUGAUAGCCCCCAUGCACACACGCCGGAGCCGGGUCUCCCUCGUGGCCAGCUGUGGACGUCUCUAUGCUGUGGGGGGCUAUGAUGGACAGUCGAACCUGAGCUCGGUGGAGAUGUAUGACCCAGAGUCAGACCGCUGGACGUUUAUGGCCCCCAUGGCAUGUCAUGAGGGAGGGGUUGGUGUGGGCUGUGUCCCUCUUCUCACUGUCUGAGGCAGAGGGUGGGUUUUGGUGGGGUAGGGAUCUGGUACAAACAUAGGUGCUUCCUUCCAGGGACAGUCCUUCUCAGGAGAGGCACUGGGCCAGAGUGGGGUGAAAUGUAAGCUUGCCAGAGGUACAGCUCUUCCAGGUGCUCUAGUCCUCCCUCAUUGUACUGCCCUUGUGACCUUCAGACCUAGGUCAUCAAGAUGCACCACACGGGACAGGAGCACCUCUGGGCCCUGGCAGCUGGUAUCAUGGAAUGGCUUUGCUGGUCCACAUCUACACAGGCUCCAUUCAAGCUCAUCUCUCACCGCCACUGCUUUGUGGCUGUUCGCUUCUAGAAGGCCUUCCAUCUGACAUUCCUCUCCUUGCCUGGUUGUUGUGGCUAAUUUGCCAUGGAGUAGCUGCAGUGGCCAAGCCUGUUGGAAACAGGUAUGGCUGGGAGAGGAAGUACACACUCUGCGUUACAUAUUGUAUUGCCUGCGAUGAUGCAGUCACAGCUGUGUGCUGGUUGCACGCAAGCACACUCCUUCCACUGUAGGGCCCAAAGGAUUUUGUCAUCACCCCUAGGCAAGCAGGGAGAACAAGUUUCUCCCGUGGCUAAUUUUGGGAUUUGAGUGAAGUUUUCUCAUCUUGUUCAGGAGAACAAAAGAAAAAGAAAAGAUACUUGAAAGAAACUGAUGGAAAAUUAAACAGAAAACACUUGAAAGAAACUGGAAAGAAAAAUAACUUCUAAGUGAACUAUUUUACAGAAAGGAAAAAGUAUAGAAGAUACUAAAGGCAAACACGUUUAAAUGGAAAACCGCCAAACACGAAAAGGGCAGCAUCCACUCCCACAUUCGGAUCCCAGGGUCCUGAGGCUUGACGGAGCACUAGGGGUUCCCUCUGAGCCCCAAUGUGUCUGGAAGCAGUGCAUUCUCAACUGGUCCUGUAGCAGGGCUCUCAUAGGUUUGUCUGCACACCUGUCAUCAGAGGACUUUUUUAAUCAUAGGCUCAGCAAGUCUGCUGAAUUACUGCCACUCUUCUGGGUGGGAGCUCCCAAUUCCUCUCUGAAGGCUCCAGAGGCUCCUGUGAUUACCUCCCACUGCCAUUGUGGGCACUCAUUCAGAUUCCCCACCACCCACUUUCAUUCCUUCCCAUUUUGACCAGCAGGAAACAGCAGGUCCAUUGAGAUUCUCACUUUCUCAUCUGUUGUUUUUAGAUGAUUUCUCCCCAUUGUGAUGCUUCUGGGGCACAUUGACCAUUGGUACCUCUAGAUCCCAACCAGGGGCUUGGUCCUUUCACCAGCCAAGUGCUGGCUUGGUCCAGUAACCUCGUCUGCCCUGCCAGUUCACUGCUCCUCCAUCUACUCGCCAAUUCCAGGGGUCUGGCCUCCUCCUGGCCCUUGGCAGACCGACCAGCAAGAUGGACCAUUGGAUUCAAGCAAAGGUGACUUUAUGUUGUAAAGAACUAAAGGCUGAAAGAAUCUCUUUCUUGCUGCUCUAGAAAACAGUGUUUUUUAUUUCUUCUUCUAAGCUUGGCAAAUGACCUCUUGAAGGGACUCUAAUGUAGCACAGCAGGGCCCAACAGGAAGACAGUUUCUGGACAGUGGGGCUGUCUCCAUCCUUCCAGCUUCUGUAAUUGAGCCAGGACAAGCUGGAGAAAUAAAAUUGUAAAGUACGUGGCAUGCUUCAGGCCCUUUUCCUUCAACUGCUGCUGCUAAAAUCUUCCAGGAGAGACAAAAGGAGAAUGUGAUCCCUUUAACCCAAGACUGAGUCUUAGGGUCCCAGCUCUCCAUCUAGUUGGUCUCCUCUCCUUUGCUGCCUGCCUGGGGUGGCCUGGAAGCCCAUGCAGAAGGCACUCUGUGGAGCCUGGGGAGUCUUUCCCACCCAAGCGCCUUCAGAUUUACCGAUGUGUGCAAUCACAAUGUGUUCGGAGGGAAGUACUUUUGUUAUUUGAAACUUAGGAGCUGGGCCUCCCCUACAAGCACUUGAAAAGAAUGUUUUUAUUUUAAAAGCCUCGGCAAUCUGAUAUAGUUUAACCUGGAUUCAUAGGGGAGCUCCAGCCCCCUCUAUCCUGCAGCUUUUCUAUACCUCUGCUUCCCUUGUGCCAGGCUUGCCUACAAAGAUAGACUCAGAAACAGGUUUGUGUCUCCGUUUCCUGUUGGAGAGUAGUAUAUCACAGCUCAUCUCGUUAUUAAAAGCCCCCCUCUUUUGAGUCUGAAGCAGCACUGACAAGCCUACAUUUAAAGGUGUUAAGAUUCAUUAAUCAGUGGGCUACCGAGUGGACCUCACUGGAUCCUUAGGAUGCCAGCCCCAGAUUUUGCCACUGGGGAUGAUAGAUCAUUUUCCCAGGGGCUGGAGCUCAGACUUUUUAGUGGCCUUCCUGAUUCCACUCCCACCUCCUUGUGUAGAAGUGCACUACUGUACCUGAGGUCAGCGUUUCCAAGUAAAGUCAAGCCAGUGCUUUGAUCCGCGCUCUGAGCACAAGUGAACAAACAUUUUUGCACUCUCUCCAGGCAGUUCCUUGGUGGGAUGGUCAAUAGCUAUUUGCAGAUGGUUGGUCUGCCCCUUGGUUUUGGGAAAGGCAUCACCCUAGGAUAUUGUGAAAAGGAUGUAACAGGAAGGAAAGAUAGAUAUUGCACUCUUUGGGCCUUGGAGUUUAGCCCAGCUCUGAGUAGGGGACUUCUGUUCACUAUACUUGGGCAUUUCCCUUCUUGAGUAUCACACAGAGCCCUCUCUUCUGGGUUUCUCCUGAGAUCAAAGCCAGGGGUAGGGGGAAUGAAAACCAGCCUUUUGACUUGACCACAGAGAUGUGACUAGGUAGGAAUUCUAUCCUCUCCCCAAUUUAUUGUAUCCCAGAAAAUCUUAUAUCCUUUUAUUUAAGGAACGCAUGUCCUUUGUGUUAAGAAACCAAAGAGAAAUUAAAAAAAACAAACUCAUAA